CAGCCGACAGGUGGUUGGUCGUUUUUGAGGGCCAUAACCUCUUCCCGAACUUGAACUCUGCCUCGACUGCUUGAGCGAACCCGACCCCCUCCAAUUCACGACACCAGCUUUCCAUUCUCCAUUUCGCCUGAGCCAUCCGUCUGCUCCGUCCAGUUGCUCGACUCGGUUCAAAUACAUAUCGCCAGGCCCUGGCACGCUCUCGACGACACUUGGCGACAAUCAUCAUUCAGGACCCUCGCCAUGGCAAUCCCUAGAAGACGAUGGCACUUUCUUCUCCCACAGGCGGCGAUGCGCAAGCUAGCAAGUUUCAGGGACCGCACCGGCAGGCGGAGGAUCGAGGCUCGCAUUGCAGAUGCCAGCCCUUUUGAUACUGACCCGCACGCCGACCCGGCCGACCCGCCGCCUACAGCCGCCCCGGAUGCCACUCAACAGAGCCAGGACUGCGUAGCCAAGGCGGAGCGCAAAGAGGUCGUCCCCGCCGCCAAGACCAGCGAUGAGCUCGAGUCCAGGGCGGACCCGCAGCUCUCGGCCCUCUUCUUCUCCCGCCUCCCGCCCGAGGUCCGGCGCCUAAUCUACAUCGAGGUCUUCCGCGCCUUCACCGACGGCAGCCGCCGCAUCCACGUCUCGGCCGAGGAUAACCAUGGUGCCGUCAGCUUCGCCCCCUGCAUCCUCGACCACUCCCACCCGCAGCAGGACCAGGCCGGCGGCGGCGCCCCCCGCGGCCCGCUGACAAUGGGUAACGUCAACGAGCGCAACAUCCUGGUCGACGCAAACGUCCACGCCAACGGGGGGCGCGACCCCGCCCACUGGUGGUGGUGGCGCUGGUCGCUCCGCCUGCGCUGGGGCGAUCACAUGGAUUGCGUCUCGCGCGCCGUUGGUUCGCCCCCGGGCCCGGGACCUCGCCCGGCGGCCAUGGAGGGCACGGCGCCCCUCAGGGCCAUGUUUUUGACAUGUAACAGAAUGUACACGGAAUCCAUCACCACGCUAUUCGAAACCACUGCGUUCCUGUUCAAGUCAUCGACCGACGCCGCUCGCUUCCUCAAGAUAUUGCCGCAUCGAUACACGCACCUGAUUAGAUUCAUCGAAUUCAACUUCAUCUACGACAAGGACUGUCUUUAUCUGCAGCCCAUCGAGCCAGUACAUCCUCGCAUCACCUUCGCCGCAGCCAAGGAAACGCCGGCAGUCGGGAUCGCCGUCUGGAACAAUCUUGUCGGCGCCCUCGCCUCGGCCGUGCCCGAGCUGUCAAAUCUCAAGGUCUUUAUCGGCGCCAAGCCCACGGCUGACAAGGAGGAGUUCCUUGAGGCCUUUGAAACAGUUGGCUGGAGGCCCCGGAACUUGCAGCUGCGUUUCAGAGACGAGUGACAAGCCUUCAUGUCCAAGCGCGCGUUAGCGUUAGACUUGUCACAUCCUCCAGGCUAUAGCCAGGCCGACCCUAUGCGGAUGAAACGGAAAUAAUGUCCACUGAGUAUGCUGUUUAAAUACUAUUGCACUGGGUGCUGAUCGUUCCCUGUCCCUCAAAAUUCUCAAGAAAAGCAAAUCUCGUCACACCAUAUCCGCACCGGAUCCGCCUCGAUCGGGCUUCCCGCUGUCGCCUGCGCGACCCUCAUCCUGUCUGUCAUGACUUCUACCCUCCACGAAUCCGCCUACCUGCGGCGAUGACUUUGCGGACGAUGCAUCAUUCGUCCGGCUCCUGGUGGCAUUGUUGUCCCUCGGCAAAGAUGUGCUCUCGCCAAGCGCUGGCACCUUCUCCCUGCCGUGCGUCUUGGAUCCUCGCUUUCGGCCCCAGCCCGCCCGACGCGUCAUGGUCCACCUCAUGCCCACGACGUCGCCAGCAGGCUCAAAGGCUUUGCGGCGGUGCAGAGGGAUAUGGUUGAUAUGCCAGUCCCAGAUUGCGGCAUAUACGGUUCGGUAACUAGACAGGGCAAAAAUGGUACCAAUGAUGCCGCCGGCGACGAUGUCAUACCUUUAUAUCAUUGUGUCUUGGGGUUAGCCUUUAUAUUUUCAGGUUGUUUGACGCGAUGGGGAUGAAACAUGGGCAGUGUAGAGCCCAGGCAGGCUUGCAGCGGUUUUAGAUUCCGAGAAUGCCAUUGCGUUCUCGUUGGGGAGUAGAGACUGACCAGUUGUGGCUCUGAUCGACAGUCAAUGAGCCUCCGAUCAGGGUAGCCCCCAAUAUGGGCGCAUAAGUAAGAGCCAGCUUCCACAUGGAAGGGUGGUAGUUGGAGAAGACCUUGAGCUUGGCGUUUAGGUAGAGGUAUAAGUAGACCAAGCCCGCGAAUGCAGCCGUAGUGUGUCCCGACGGGAAAGACUCGAGGCUGUUAAAGACCCCACUAAGGUCCCCGUUUCCGUCUCCGCGGCAGACC